AUGCCGGGCAGCGAAGGCACCGUGUCUCAGCCCGGGGGGUACGAGGGCAGCAGCAUUAAGCCUUCCCCGGGAAUUUUCUUACUGGGGAACCCUUGGCACGGCCACCGGUCGUACUGCGUGCGGGGCCAGCGUCCAGCCGACCUCUGCCGAGGUGCUGCCAGCCCCCAGCCCGCUGAGCGGCACCGGCUACGUGAGCAUCGGCAGAUCAGCUUGAAGAAGCCUUGCUUGGGAAUAAUGAAUCUACAUGUGAAGUAUGAAUGGAAAUUCAUGGAAGAACUCAAAAGGCUCCAACACACCUUGGAACAGGUCAAUGAUGGCAAAGACUUGCUUCAAAGCCACCAGCUUGCCAUGGAUGAAGAAAAUAAUAUCGAAAAAUAUCAUAUCAACUUACAGCCCUUGGAAUCAAAAGUGAAAAUUAUCCAGCGAGCAUGGCGUGAGUACCUGCAGCGCCAGGACCUGCCACACCACGAGCAGCUGGACAAGCGCAGUCCGUCCCCACCAUCCCUCUCCUCGGACAAGAUGAGCAGGUCCAUCAGCAUGAACACCUUUUCCGACAGCAGCACACCGGUGAGUACAGCCUUGGGGCCCGUUUUCCUAUUUGUUGCCUUUCGUUGGGUUCCUUUCUAG